CCCUUUUCACCACACACACACACACACACACACACACACCUGAGCGGAGGAACCUCCACGGGAACUUUCGCGGCGUGCGCACGCCUUAAGUGCGCGUGCACGCCAAUGGAAGCGAAGCAGCUGCUGAGGAUUUAAAGGGCCGUCAGCACAUUCCUGCGGCACCCCGCGGAAGCAACUGGACUUCAUGGAGUAGCCUACCAGCGGGACUCGCAUUCCCUCCAACAGAUCUACCAAACCACAAGCUCGAGAGCAUCAAAGUGAAAUCAUGGAACAGCAGUCGUUCGUCUGGGCUGACUAUGCAGUCUUUGCUGCCAUGUUGUUUGUCUCCAUGGCUAUCGGACUCUUCCAGGCCCUGAAGAAGAGCCCGAACGAGGCCAGGGCGGAGGACUUCUUCACCGGGGGUCGGAGCAUGCCGGCAGUACCUGUUGGCAUGUCGCUCUGUGCCAGUUUUAUGUCAGCCAUCCAAGUCCUGGGUGUUCCCUCAGAGGCUUUUCGCUAUGGCUUUAAAUUCCUCUACAUGUGCAUCGGACAGAGCAUCAACUCCAUGCUGACAGCUUUUCUAUUCCUGCCAGUUUUCUAUCGACUGGGCAUCACCAGCACCAAUCAGUACCUGAAGAUGAGAUUUGGCCGAGGGAUGCAGCUGCUGGGGAGUAUCCAGUUUCUUGUUGCGACGCUGCUGUACACAGGGAUCGUCAUCUAUGCACCUGCCUUGAUCCUCAGCCAAGCUACUGGGCUCAACAUGUGGGUGUCUCUGUUUUCUACGGGGAUUAUUUGCACGGUGUACACCACACUGGGUGGUGUGAAAGCCGUGAUCUGGACUGAUGUGUUCCAGAUCAUCGUCAUGUUUUCAGGCUUUGUGGCCAUUUCUGUCCAUGGCACAGUUCUGGUUGGUGGUCCUGCAAGGGUACUGGAGAUCGCCAACAAUGGAUCGCGGAUUAAUUUUAACAAUUUUGCUGUUGACCCGCGGCAGCGCUAUACCUUCUGGAGCCUGACUGUCGGGGGUGCAAUGGUAUGGCUGUCCAUGUACGGCGUAAACCAAGCUCAAGUCCAGCGCUACAUCUCCUGCAGGACAGAAAGACAGGCCCAGUGGGCACUGUUUGUGAACCAAGUGGGCCUGUGUCUGAUUGUGGGCAGUGCAGCAAUCUGCGGAAUCAUCAUGUUUGCUUAUUACAUCAGCUGUGAUCCGCUGAAGUCCGGGAAGAUUUCUGCCCCUGACCUGUACAUGCCGUACUUCGUUUUGGAAAUAUUUGAAAAUCACCCUGGCUUUCCGGGUCUUUUCCUCGCCUGUGCCUACAGUGGGACUCUCAGCACGGCCUCUACAAGUAUCAAUGCAAUGGCUGCAGUAACGAUGGAGGAUCUGCUGCAACCCCGUCUGCUCCACAUGACCCAGAGGAAACUGAUCCUUAUUUCCAAGGGACUGUCGUUCCUGUAUGGAAUUAGUUGUAUCACUGUAGCUGCUCUUUCCUCCUUCCUGGACUGGGGAGUACUUCAGGGCUCAUUUACCGUCAUGGGUGUGGUCAGUGGGCCGAUACUGGGUGUGUUCAUCUUGGGGAUGUUUUUUCCAGCAACAAACAGGCUGGGGGCAUUUUCAGGAAUAACAGUGGGCUUCUGUGUCUCCAUGUGGCUGGCCAUUGGUUCAACUUUUUACCCACCCAGCGAGGGGACCAUGGGUGUACUGCACAGCUUCACAGACGGGUGUGGACCCAGCAACAUAACGCUGAGCAGCAGCCCGACCCCGGACCAACACUCCAUCUCUGUUCCGCUUCAACCCAAUAACCAGGGGGGCCUGCACAACUUCUACGCCAUGUCCUACCUCUACUUUGGUGCCAUGGCAACAAGUUCGGUCGUAAUAGUUGGGCUGAUAGUGAGCUAUGCCACAGGAGCAACAAAGAGGAGUAAUAUAAAAGAGGGCCUGCUAUGGUGGGAUCUGAACAAAAAGGAAGUAGAAGUCCCAUCAAAGCGCAGAACUGGAAAGAUGUCCAGGAUGUUUCCCUGCCCUCUGCAUAGUGCAUGCUGGGAUACAUGUGUGCGCAUGAAUAGGAGUAGCCAGGGAGACAAGACGACUGUUAAACCACAGCUUGUGCCUUUGAAGGACCUGCGUAAAGAAGAGGAAGAAGUUGGGAAUAUUGAAUCACCACUUAAAGUUUAGGUGUUGGACAGCCAAAGGUUUUUAAUCCAGAAUGGCAUGACUCACAGAUGGCAUUUCCUCUCUAGUGCCAGAGUUUUUAUUUUUCAUUUUUGUUCAUUUUAGUAAGUCUGCCUUACAUUUGAAGGUAAAACAAAUGACUGUUUUGUUUUUUCUCAUAAAACGUGAAAGAAGGCCUUUAUAACGGUGCCAAGGAAGGUACAGACUGUAAUCAAAUACCCUCUGUGGUUAUUUAAAUUCCUUUAAUGUUGAAAGGCUCUAGUCUCUUGUCAGGACAUCCGUGCUGGUAUGUCCCAUAUCUGUAGCAAUGCCCACCUGCACUUCAGCCAGUAUUAAUGGAUAUGUGACAGGCAGGAGUCUGUGUCUCCACUCGGAGUUCACCUCCUUUCAUAAUGUUACAUGAAGCUUCCUCUUAAACAGAUAGUAAAGGGAGACUUGGUUUGGUGGUUUUCUUGGACUCCUAUAAACGGGAGAUCUCCCAGGAGGUUAUGGCUUUCAAUAUGAAGGGUAGAGACACUGUAAAGAUUUCACAAGCAUUUUCAGACACAAUAGGUCUUUAAAAACGUUCAGGUUCAUAGGUCACCAUGUAUUUCAGACCACAUCAAUUCCAUCAACCUCACCAGGGACCUGUUACACAAACAUAAGCAGUAACCAGCAUUAUUAUCGUUGAUAAUAUGAUGUAAGUCAACUCACCAUAAAACCUGGAGUAAGCUCUUCUCUGUCCUGGAGUGAAUGCAGAGAAGCAAAGGAAGAAGUAUUAAAGGCAACUUCUGUUGUGGAUAGUUUAGAACUUUAUGGGUCGUUUUCCCCCGCGGGUUCGACUCUGGCUGCCACUGUUCACGUAAGUCAUACUGUAUGUAAGCCACUUGUUUGCUCCGGUAUCAAUGCAAGAAGGAUUAAAGUGAGAUUAAAAUAAAUAAACAACACCAUCAUUUUCAUCCAAAAUGAAAAGCUGUAUUCAUAAAGCAAUAAAACAUACCGAUGCCAAGUUCAA